AUUUCAAUCAAUCCAUUCAAUCACUAGAUUUGGUCUCAAGAUAUGGCACAACAGUUGACACAUUUGAUGGCAUCACUCGAGACCACAGAUGACGGCAAUGAAGACAAUUACACACAACAGACACAGAUAUACGCGAAGAACUCAAUGGACAGAUUCGGUGAUGAUUUGUGUGCACUUCUCGUGUCUUACUUUCCACUCGAAUACCGAUUCCGUUACGAAUGUGUGUCCAAACAGUUCCAGAGGACAGUCUUCGGGAGUGUUGUGGACAUCAGAAUCAAUUACCGACUCAUUCAACAAAUAGUCAACAAAAACUCAAAAAUGAAUGAAACAAUCAAAACAAUUGCCACAAAGUGUCCAAACAUUGCGACCAUUGACUGCCGAGAAAUGAACAAAUCAUUUGAUAACCGAAUACCCGAAGUGUUGAACACAUUUCACGACAAUUGCCGGCAUUUAAGGGAAAUUUACUACAAUUUACGGCGAAAUUACUUCCAAUGGAUCCCAAAGUUGUCGCCUUUUGUGACCCGAAUCGGUAGCGUUUCGGCCAAACAUUCACUCAUUCAAUGCCACCGAUUGUCUCAUUUGUCGGUCACUACUCUUCGAGAUGUGUUCGACGACUAUUCCCAUCAAUUGAUGGCAAAGAAUUUGUUGGGAUUUGAGUUCACAUUCAGACUAAAAGAAGAUAAUAAGCAUAUGUUUUGGGAGUUUGUGACAGAGAAUCAGUCGCUGCAGAGUCUGACCAUCAAUGCGAUCAAAGUCAAGAAUGCGGACACUAUCACUGAACUGAUCCAACAGUUGUCACGAUUACUACAUUUACGGGAUUUGAAGCUCGAAUUCCUCGAAUUUUUUAUACCAAUCUCUUCGCUGAACGACUUUUUACUUACAAUUGGUGUGAAUUGCAAACAAUUGAAGCGAUUGUCACUCGUAUUGGGCGCUCAGAUCACAGAAAUCAAUGUCCAAUCAUGGGAUCAGUUGAAGUGUUUUCCGAAACUCAAACGAUUGAAUUUGCAUUUUAAUUCACAAUUGAUUUAUCUCUCGAUUCCCUGCAAACGAUUAACGCAUUUAUCGAUCAAAUGCUCGCAAAUGAACAGUAAUUUGUUAGACAAUUGUCACGAACUUUGGCCACGACUUCAAUACCUGUUGGUUAAGAACCAGUAUUUUGAGAGAUUUCCCGGAUGUGUUUUCAAGAACUCCUAA